AAAGCAAAAGCCCCAUCAAGCUGGUGAAGAAGGCAAACUCUGUGCCCGUCCCCGUGCCCUCCAACUAAGAUUGAAACGAAUACAAGUUUUCUCAUUUCAGUGAUGAAUUUUGUGGUAAUAUAUAAAAAUCAGUGAUGGUUAUAGUAGGGGAGUUUGUAGGGGGUGCUGCUCUUGGUGCAGCAUUUGGUCUGUUGUUUGAUGCUAUCAAGAAAGCAGUUGACAAGCCUAGUACCUUUAAACCCCUCUAUGAGAACAUCAAGUUUUCGCUGAAGUUUUUAAAACCAAUGAUCGAAAAGAUAGGAGAGCAUAAUGUGGAAUUGGGUCUCCCAGAUGAAGAAAUAAAGUACAUUAUAAGAGAAAUGGAGGGUGUAAAGCUUGUCCAGAAGUCAUCAAAGGUUAGUAAGUGGAACUGCAUGAAGUUUUAUUACACGGAUCAACUUAUUGAACUGGAUGGGUCUCUUAAAAGACUGUUAGAUAUAUUGUUAGUUCAAGGAGUAAGAGAUGGCAAGGAGACCUUGAUUUUGGCAAGAAAACACCAAGAGCAACUUACUGAAUCGGCAAGAGAUGCAAAGGAGACCUUAGUUUUGGCACAAAAGAACAAUGACCAGCUUACUGAAUCAGCAAAGGAUGGGAAAGAGACCUUAGUUCUGGCCAGACAAAAUGCUGAGCAACUCAUUAAAACGUCAAGAGAUGGAAAGGAGACAGUGGAUUUGGCAAAACUAAACAAUGAACGGCUUAUUGAAUCAGCAAGGGAUGGGAAGGAGACCCUGGUUUUGGCCAAGAACAUUAAAAGGUUUCUCAAACGAAUUGAAUGUUUGGUGCGUUGUACUUAUAAAGGUAAUAAUGUGCACUCCAACACCAAGUACUGUGCCAUAUAG